UUAUAAGAAUAUUAAUUAGUUAUGAUUUAAUUAUGAAUAUAUAUAUAUUUAUUGUUAUAUCUGAAUACUCAUUCAUUUUUUGUUAAGAUGAACUGAGUAUCUUUUACUAUUCUAAUGUACAAUUUUUUAAAUUUGUAAAAAAAUACGAGAACAGAUCCCACUGUAUAUAGUUAUUUCCAUUACUAAAUUAUAGAAUCUCGUUUACUUUUAGGUAAUGUCAUUGCUUCUCAUGAUAAUUCCGUUUGUAUUGAACGAUGCUGGAAUCAUGCACUGUCUGGCUGUUGCCCCAACACUCAUCAUGUCUGUUAUGUUUAUAGUACUCUAUUUAGUGGACCAAGUGCAUAACUUGGCUGAGCAACUUUACUUAGUAACACAGACAUUUUUGAAUAUUGCUGCUUUUCUCCUAGUAUUUUUGCAAACCGAACCCGCAGGGAAAUUGUAUGGACUAUUUUAUUGCCACCUCUUAAUAGCACUCUGUAUAGACAAUUAUUAUGUUAUUAGAGAAAGAGGAUGCAUAUUGUUUGGUGAUAAUGAUGACUGAUUUUGUUUAAUAAAUUAAUUAUGAACAUUCUAUUAUUUUAUUGUUCUAAUUUAAUUGUUAUUAAAAGGUGUAGGUUUUUAGGCAAAGAUUUGUUAAAAAAACAUAACUGGCAAAAUUUAUUCUUAUAAUACUUUUUAACUACAAGAGCCUCUUACUUUUAGGUAGUCGCACUUCUUCUGAAUAUAAUUCCCCAUAUUGUGGAGCCGGUGGAUAUUUGGCAAUGUGUGGUCGCUGCUCCGACCCUAAUGCUGUCCAUGUUUUUAAUGGUGCUAUAUGUUGUUGAUCAGUAACAAUGCUCUAUCAUGACUUCCUGUGAUAAAUGGUUAUGUGAUGUGUUCAAUAAUGUGGAAUUAUUCCUAAUGAACAAGAUAAACAAAUGAUAGAAAAACAGUUUUUAUAUAAAUAUUAUUACCUAAAAAUGUGCCGUGUUUUUAAAAUAUGGACGAAAAUAUCUAAAAGGAUAUUUAAAGUGACAUUGAAUGAAGUUGCAUGGAUUAGUGCGAUAUCUUUGACAAUCUUACUUAUCUGGACUUGGAUCAAUGGAGAAACGAAAGUUAUUAAAUAUGGUGAUAACCCAGUGAUAAUGUGGUGGACUUCAGGAUUUCCUGGAACCUCAGAAACAAUACAUUGUCCAAACAACAUAAAGUGUGAUUUUAUAAAAGACAAAAAUUAUAAUGAAAUUUUCAAUGUCAAUGCGUAUUUAUUUUACGCAAGUAACAUCAAGUUUGAUGAUCUACCAUUACCAAGGAAUCCAAAUAAAAUAUUAUGGGGCCUGUAUCAUGAGGAAUCACCAAGAAAUGUUGAAGAGUUGUUGCACGAAAAAAUAUUAAGUCUAUUUAAUUAUUCUGCAACAUUUAGUCGGUACAGCGACAUUCCAUUUCCUUUGCAGUAUUUAGAAUCAUUACAAGACAUAACGAGUACAAAAUAUUUUAAACCAACUAGAGUUAAAACAAAAUUGAUGAACGAACUAUCGCCCAUAUUGUAUCUUCAAUCUGACUGUGAAACGGCUACAGAAAGAGACACUUACGUAAAGGAACUAAUGAAGUUUAUCGAGAUUGACUCUUAUGGCGCUUGCCUGAAUAAUAAAGAAAUGCCGAUGAAAUUCCAAGAAGAUUAUUUAAAUAAUUUAAAUGAUGAUGAUUUUCUUAAUUAUAUUUCAAGAUACAAAUUUGUUCUGGCCAUAGAAAACGGUGUUUGCGAGGAUUAUGUAACUGAAAAGUUUUGGCGGGCUAUUAAAAUUGGUACCGUGCCGAUUUAUUUUGGAUCAACAACAAUAAGAGACUGGUUACCAAACAACAAAUCAGCAAUUUUAUUAGAGGAUUUUCCAACACCAAAAAGGAUGAGUGAUCACCUAAAAAAGCUUUUAAAUAAUGACAAUUUGUACGAAGAAUACUUAACACAUAAGACAAAAGAAGAAAUAACGAAUAAAAGACUGAUAGAUGAAUUUAAAACGAGACAAUAUCAAAGAGAUUCUCUAGAAGUAGCUUCAAAGUUUGAAUGUUUUAUUUGUGAGAAACUUCACGACAAUAAUGUAGGGAUGCAAGUUAAACGCGUAGUGAGUAAAAAACAUUAUAACUGCCCUAAGCCAAUCUCGGCACUGACAUUGCAGGUAAAUCCUUCUAAUGACUGGGUUUAUUCAUGGGAAAUGGCUAAGAAAAGGGCAGAUGAUAUUUACGACAAAGUUGCGAAUUUAAAAUGAAAAUAUAUAUAUUUGUUACUUCAUAGAAAUAUAU